CAGAUCGAUGUAUCUGAGAGACUGGGCACGCUGGUGUACAAAAGUGAACUGAAAAAGAAUUAUAGAAGGAAGGAUAUUACAACCGAUUAACUACGUUUGAAGAAACGUGUCCACUGGAACGCGAAGGAAGGAAAAGAAACACACAAAAGGACCACUGUUCCACAUAAAAACCCCUUUGUUGUGCUGGCAAGCUCUGCUAUUAAUUACAAAGCAUUGGCAGUUUAUUAAAAUCUGAGAGCCUAUAAUCCACAGCAUGAACGAUUAGAGCAGCCUGCAGCAUCUGGGACAAGUACAAAAAAAAGUGGACAAGUACAAAAAAAAAGCCAAUCUGAAGUACGAAGUCUUCAGAACAUGACAAUUAUUUUCUGACGUACCUCUGGAUGAUUGCAAUUAAAAGAUUUACCAAAGCAUUGUGGAGGUAAGUGAAGAGGUUUGGGAACUGGGACAUUGAAGCUGACGUCAGUGUCUGCUUCUCGUGGAUUUAGGUGUUUUAGAUAUUUGGUCCACUUCAAAUCUGUCAGGAGCAGAUCUAAACAAAAGUGCCUCUAUUGCUUCCAGUUCAGAGUUAUUGCAAAAAUAAACAUUCGGAAGUUUCACAGUGAGAAGGAAAUCAACCUGAAAGAACAAAAAUGCCCACAAACGGUACCCACCAAGCUUUACGGAUCCAGUUUGGCUUAAUCAAUUGUAGCAAUAAGUACCUUACAGCAGAGGCAUUUGGUUUCAAAGUCAAUGCAUCUGGUGUCAGUCUGAAGAAGAAGCAAAUCUGGAUGCUGGAACAGGAUGAAGGGAACAACUCAGUGGUCUUUUUCAAGAGCCACCUUGGGCGGUACCUGUUGGCUAAUAAGGAUGGCAAUGUGUCAUGUGAGGCAGAGAAACCGGACACUGACUGCAGAUUCACCGUUAUUGCACAUGCCGAUGGCAGAUGGACUCUGCAGUCUGAACCUCACAAACGGUACUUUGGUGGAUCUGAAGACCAUCUCUCAUGCUUUGCACAGACUAUUACUGAGUCUGAGCUUUGGUCCAUCCACCUCGCCAGCCACCCUCAAGCCAACCUUCUAAGUGUCAGUCGCAAAAGAUACGCCCAUCUGUCAGCCCGAGAAGAUGAGCUGUCAGCUGACAGUGUCAUUCCUUGGGGCGUGGAUGCUCUCAUCACCUUGAUUUACCAAGAGAAGAAGUACAGCAUCCAAACCUGUGACAAUAGGUUUCUCAGAAAUGAUGGAAAGCUGAUUAAGAAACGUGAUCAGGGCACUGGCUACACUUUGGAAUUUAAAGCUGGGAAGAUCGCCUUCAAAGAUCAUGAAGGAAAAUACUUGAGUGCAAUGGGACCAACUGGUAUGCUAAGAUCCGGACGAAAUUCCAAGCCUGGUAAAGAUGACCUCUUUGAUUUGGAGCAGAGUCAUCCUCAAGUGAUCUUACGAGCUUCAAAUGGCCGCCUGGUGUCCAUCAGACAAGGUAUCAAUAUCUCAGCCAAUCAGGAUGAAGAAACAGAUCAGGAAACUUAUCAAAUGGAAAUAAACACAGAAACUAAAAAAUGCAUCUUACGUGCACAUACAGGGCAUUUCUGGACAUUGGUGAAUCAUGGAGGAAUCCAAUGCACUGCUUCUGAAAUAGAUGCCAACUGUAUGUUUGAAAUUGAAUGGCGUGGACGAAGAAUAGCAAUCAAGGCUAACAAUGGCAAAUAUAUUUGUACAAAGAAAAAUGGGCAUCUUGCAUCAGUGAGUGAUUCAGUUGGGGAAGACGAAGAGUUUACAUUGAGGCUCAUUAAUAGGCCCAUCCUAGUACUAAGAGGAGACCAUGGAUUUGUCUGUCACCACAAAAGCUCCAGCACACUUGAUGCCAAUCGGUCAGUUUAUGAUGUCUUUCACCUCGUGUUUGAGAAUGGAGCUUAUCACAUUAAAGGCUCUGAUGGCAAGUUCUGGUACACUUCCAGUACUGGGACAAUCUGUACUGACAGUGUCAUUCCUGAAGACUUUUACUUAGAAUUCCGAGAUCACGGUCGACUGGCUAUCAAAGCAAAGAACAAAAAGUAUCUGCGAGGAAAUCAAGCAGGCACACUUAGGGCAGAUGCUGAUGAAGUGGACAAUUCAACUUUAUGGGAAUAUUAAAGGAUAGAAGCAGCCUCAGUAGAACAUAAGAACUCUAGCUGUAUUCCUUGCCAUCAACCUGAAGGACAGAGAAAACAAAAGUGGACGAUUGUCUGCAGAGAUUGAUAUUCAAAUGUUGAUUCAUUCCCUUUGAUAAAGCCAGCAUUUCAAUUUGUAAUUGGUAAU